CCAACUUUUUUUUUUUGGGUGGAAGCUAACUAAUCCAACUUAAUGAUAACUACUUCAACUAUAUGCAACAUCAAUGGAUUUAUAUCUGGUUCCAUUUGAACUUUUUCGUUUUCCAACCGGAGAAAUGGGUUCGGAAUCCACUUCAUCUCCGUCCGGAAAACGAAAUAGAGAUCCUGAGGAUGAAGUUUAUCUGGAUAAUCUACACUCGCACAAGAGAUACCUCAGCGAGAUAAUGGCAUCCAGUUUGAAUGGAUUAACGGUUGGAGACUCCCUCUCUGAAACUCUCAUGGAAUCACCGGCCAGGUCUGAAAGCAUGUGUUACCCCAGGGAUGAGCUAUCCUUGCAGUAUUCACCAAUGUCAGAAGACUCGGAGGAAUCCCGAUACUGUGAGACGACUCUAAUCACUUCAACACUGCAACCUGACAGCAUACCUACCAGUCCAGUUUCGCCUCACAGAUAUCAAAGACCACUAAGCGGAUUUUCUUCAGCAACACCCACCUAUUCAUACUCUUCACCUGGCUGUUCACUUGCUGCUGUGGCAUGCUCCCAACCUCGCCAGCGGGGUUCAGACUCUGAAGGUCGAUUUCCUUCGUCACCCAGCGAUAUAUGUCACUCUGCUGAUUUGAGGAGGGCCGCACUCUUACGCUCUGUUCAAAUGAGAGCACAGCCUUCAAGCUCAUCAGCCUUUGAGCUGCCAUUUUGUCCUGGGCAAGAGUCAAUGCAGAGUAUAGAAGUUGAAGAGCGGCCAUGCUCAUGUGUAAAGUCCUUAGUCGAUGGGAGGGAAUAUCAGAGUGCACAGGUUUCAAAUUUAUUUAUUGAUGAGUGUUCAUUGGGCAUCUCAGAGUCCAAAAUCAGACCAGAAAAGUCUUGCAGGGUAUUGAAUUUGGAUGUGAAAGGAGAGGAAUCUGGAGAAGAGGAGUUUGAAGGAAAUGGGUUGGGGAGACCAACUGUUAUGCCUUCUAGAUCUUGCUAGGUGUGAAUGAUAAAUUUUAUGAGAAUUUCUUACUGAGCUAUUGCUUCUGUAACCAAAAGAUGAUGUGGGUUAUUGUUCUGAGGAGUUGGCAUGAUUCCAGUAUGCAGUAAACAACCGAGAGUUUCUUACCACUGCUGAUGAUGAUUCAUUUGAUAAAGUUCUUGCAACUCUAGUGUUAUAUUUGUUUCAGCCUUGGUGGUGAGGCAAUCCGGACAAGUUCUUGCAUCGUGACAUCAUAAAUCUAUGUAAGCCAUUCAAAAAUUUAUUGGCGUAUUAUCUUGCUCAGUUGUGUUACUUGACAAUCGUUUUUGCAUGCUCCAUGACAUGCUACACAGGAAACAUGGAUGGUUAUGUGUGA